AUUUCACUCAUCAUUUUAGCCGCAUUUUCCUUUUUUCAGUAUGACGCAGUUCUGGGUCGGUGUUGUCAGUGGCGCGCACGUACAGCGGGGCGUCGCGGGUGGCUUUGCCCAAGUGUGCCACGGCAAGGCCCAUGAGCUCCGGCGCAUGCGGCCCGGUGACGGCUUCAUUUACUACUCGCCCCGCACCGAGAUGAUGAAAGCCGGGCGCGUGCUGCAGCAGUUUACUGCGAUCGGGUACGUCACGAGCGCGGCGCCGUAUCAAGUUCAGAUGACGCCGGCCUUUCGACCCUUCCGCGUCAACGUUGCAUAUAUACCGAGUACGCCGGCGCAUAUCCAGCGACUGAAAUCGCACCUCGAGUGGACAAGUGCGACAAAGAGUUGGGGCCUGGUCCUGCGCCGCGGCCACUUCAAGAUAUCCGAAGCCGACUUUCUACGAAUCGCAGCCGCCAUGGGCGCGCGGCUUGACGAGAAGAAGCUUGAGAAAGAGGCACGCACGCCCGAGCUUCAAGGUAGCCAAUGAGGCUGGAGCGGGAACGGUGCUUCUUUGCAACCUUUGCAUAUGAUUCUCCUCGUCGCGGACCUGUAAAGCGCAGUAGGUUGCAUGUUUAACGAUGCUACUUGAAGUAUUUGAUGCUA